UACUCAGUCCGGGUUUAAGGCCCUUCCCUGUAAGGUCUUCUGCGCCCGCCGCCCCACCCCAGCCUGCUCGUAACUUCCACACUGUAAAAAUGAUCCUAUUUCUUACAUUGUCCUUUUUCCAUCUCCAGAAUACAGGGUGGGUGAGGCAGGACCCGUGUCUUGCGGGUGUGUGCCAGUGUCCAGGAAGGGAAGUGCACUUCACUGAGCCCCGUCUGCUCCAAUCGGCAGCAGUUCACAGACACACACUUUCCCGCUGGCCGAGAGACCCGCAGCCAUCCUCCAAGGCACUUUCUCAAGUGAAGUAAACGCGUCAUUCACAGAGAAGUGUGAGCACGAAUGCUUAUAGUGAUUUGGCAGCGUCACCUCGAGCAAGAAACGACUGUCACGCGGUCUUUCCAUGCCAGCAACGAAAGGGGGAAAUCGGUGCAAAUGUCGUAUAAGUUCAUGUAUAAUAUACACGUAAUGUUUGUACUUGAUGCUGGAGAUCAAAAACCCGGUUCUAUCUAAAAGCAUUGUGCUUACAAAAAGAAGUCAAACGCAAAAGACUAUACAGUAUAGAAUUCAUUUAUUUGGAAUUCUGGAAAGAGCAACCAGGGACAGCAGACAAAGCAGGACGCGCCUGCGCAGGAGUGUGGAGGACGGAACCUAGGCCCUCCGCUGUGCCGGGUGGCCGAAUGGACAGGUUCCUGGUGAAGGCGGGCCCGGGCGACCCCCGGGAAGGAGGGGAGGAGCCCGCCCCGACCGGAGGAACCUCGUGCCGCUUGCCGAGCCCCAGCUGGCAGCGUCUUCGCGCGGAAGGUCUGAACUGUGAUUACACCGUCCUGUUUGGCAGAGCCGAGGCAGACGAGAUUUUCCGAGAGCUGGAGCAAGAAGUGGAGUAUUUUACCGGUGCCCUGGCCAAGGUCCAGGUGUUUGGAAAGUGGCACAGUGUUCCUAGGAAGCAGGCGGCCUAUGGAGAUGCUGGGCUGUCGUACACAUUUUCCGGUCUUACACUGACCCCAAAGCCCUGGAUUCCAGUUCUGGAGCGCAUUCGAGAUCGAGUCUGCAGGGCAACAGGACAGACCUUCAACUUCGUGUUCAUUAACAGGUACAAAGAUGGCUGCGACCACAUUGGGGAGCACAGAGAUGAUGAAAAAGAACUGGCCCCGGGGAGUCCCAUCGCGUCUGUCUCCUUUGGCGCUUGCAGAGACUUCCGCUUCCGGCACAGAGACUCUCGAGGGAAGAGACCCCGGCGGACAUUGGAAGUGGUCAGGCUGCAGCUGGCCCACGGAAGUCUGCUGAUGAUGAACUACCCCACCAACACCUACUGGUACCACAGUCUCCCUGUCCGCAAGAAGGUCCUGGCUCCCCGGGUCAACCUGACUUUUCGAAAAAUUUUACCUACUAAGAAAUAAAACGUUUAUCUUUG